AGGACAGGAAGAAAAAUGCGGGCGGGGAAGAGAGGAAGGGUGGCAAUGAACGGGGGCUUCUUGCUGGUUCUCCCGAGGCCGCGGGGCGCGUGCAGAGCGCCGGGCUGCUCAUCCCCCGCGUGAGUCAGCCCCGCUCCUCACGUGCUGGCGCCGCUGCGCGCUCGGAGACUUAGGAGGCGCGGCGGCUGGCGGCGGGCGCACUUUGCUACUGCGCGGCCCGCCUAGAGCCUCCGCCGCUCGCAGGCGCCCGCCCGGAUCGUGAGUCUCUGCAGCAGCGCCCCUCCGUUGCCCUCUCGCGGAAGAAGCCCCGCAUCCUCGCCAGCCGGGAACGGCGCCCUGCGCAAGAUGAGAGCCGCGUUCCCCGCGUGUCUGCUGGCCGUGCUGGCCUGGGCCGUCUCGACCGAGGGCAAGGUGGUGGGGAAGGACGACGCGGGCUUUGCAGAAUGCGACGUCUUCUUCUACCAGCAGGCUGCCCCCGGGGGCUUCCCGGGCGAGCAGGUAGCCAAGAUCUGCCAGAAGUACAGCCGGGAGCCGCGCUUCGCCACCCUCUACAGCACGCAGGAGAAGAUCCCGCUUUAUUCGGCUUUCCGGUACAGCGAAGGGGGCCCCUCCGGGGACGAGGAGAGGUGGCUGGUGGAGCCGCAGAUCGAUGACCCUGGAAAUGGUCUGGAAGAAAUGAUGCCAGAAGCUGAGAUCACAGAUGCAGUGGAUCAUCUGGGAAGAAACCAGGCCCUCAGGGAAGACUAUGCAGACUCUGGCUAUGAGAGGGGGACCCUAAACCCCAGCUCUCUUCAUAAGGAUGAUCAUCAAGUUGCCACCCACACUCUGACCAAUGCAGUGCCAGUCUCCCCUCCUUUCCAGGAGCUUUGGCACUGGGAAGUUGAGAACCUUGUCAGACAAGGUUUGGCUCCUCACUGUCAAAAUGGGAAAGAUCUCUAUCUCCUCUCAGGAGCAGUGCCUUCUGCAGUCAAAGUAAAAGACAAAGUCGCGGUGCCCAAGUUUCUCUGGCUGGCAGCCUGCUGUGACAAUGGUGCUGAGACCUGGUCAGUGGGAUUUAUUAAAGAGGCAGGUGUUGAGAGUCGUCUGGAAGACCUGACGGUAGAAGCCCUUGAGAAGAAGUUUCCUGCAGGAGUUGAGCUCUUUAAGAACAACUGUGGUCAAGAUCGGCAGGAUCCUAAGAAGCUGGAGACAGUGUUGCACUCUGUGAAGGAGGUCCGGGCGAAGGAACCAGAACUGAGUGUGAAAACAGCCACUCCAAGUAAACACACCGACGCUGCAGAGAGUGGCUUUCUGAAGAAGCUUUUUCAUUUCAUUAUUAGCCCUCUCUUGAAACUGCUAAAAUUUGCUUUCCAUCUGGUUAUCCAACUUGUGAAAUGUGUGUGGCAUUUGCUAAUGUACCUUGUCCAUAAGGUUAUCGAAGCAGUGUACACAUUCAUCAAAGGAAUUGCCACUGUCUUGCUGGAUAUCUUUAUCAGUGUGGCCCAAGUGGGUGUCAGCAUCCUGAAUGGCAUUGCAAAAAACAUCUACAAUGUUCUGAUGGUGACAUACAGGAUUCUUAGCGUCCCCGUUAAUCUGAUCCUGGAUAUUGUGUCUUUCCCUCUUUACACCCUGGGUGCCAUUCCUGCUGUCCUCCAAGAUAUUGCUUCAGGCAUCGGUGGCAUGUUCUUAUUGGCCAUUGAUGCUACCACAAAUUUGGUGAAGGGCCUAAACUAUGUUGUAUCUUACCUAGCCAAAAAGAUUCUACCCACAACUGCUUUCUAAGAAUGACUCCAAAGAUUAUCUUCCGAAGCAAUACUUGUCCUCCAUAUUGUUUAUCUUCAGCUGUUCUUAUACGUAUUUAUUGUGGUGACAUUUCCAGUGAUGAACCAAUGUUCUGGUAACAUGGGUGAGCUACAUAAAUCUGAAAUGGGAAUUUAAUGGUAAAUUAAAAUUGCACUUAUAAAAUGUU